AUUUUAGACACCAAACGAAUAUUUAUUUGUUGUAAGUGGUAUAUAGGUAGUGGUUUUAUUUUAUAUUUUACAGGGUUAAGUGAGAUUUUUCAAAAAUGGAGAUUAGUAAAAAGGAUUCAGAAGAUCCUAAUGAUCAGUCGGAGUCUAAUCUAUUAAUGCUAGAAUCAUUGACGUCUGCAUUAUUUUCAGAAAAUAUAUCGACAAGUGAGGUAAAAGAAGAUAAUAGUGUUCAGUUACAGCAAAUUCAAACACCUACAUUGGAAGCUGAACAACACCAAACUCCACGUUCUACGGUGAUACAACAAAACUUUCAACAACUGCCGAUGCAACAGGAUCAAAAUCUACACUCUAAUACGAUGCAAGCACAACAACAAUUUCAGAAGAUGCAUUUUGAUCAAGGAUCUCAAAGUAAUCGACAGCAAGAAAGACCACACUCUUCGUCGCAAUUUAAACACCAGAAUGAGCAAUCGGUUCAGAAACACUGGGAAAAUGAAGUGAAUUUGGAAGAAGAGAAGCAAAAAGUACUGCAAGAAAUUCAAACGCUAUAUGUACAUAAUAAGCAUAAUACGAUUCCAACUCAACUGGAAAGUCAAUCUUCAAUCGUCAAUCUUCCAGACCAAACAAAUCGACAGGGACUACUGCAAAGUCAACAGCUACAUUUUCAGCAGAAUAGACAGAUGCAUCAGAAUAGCCAAUUCCUGCAAACUGAACAGCCGUAUCACAAUAGACAGUUGUAUCAGAAUGUCCGUCCGCUAUAUAAUGUUCAAUCUCAACAAGGAAACAGUUGGGAAACGCAAAAACAACUAGCAAUGCAACAGUUUCAACAACUAGAGCUAAAUCAGUACAUGCAACAUCAGCAUUAUACGAGUGGAUAUCAUCAGGGUACUCAACAUUUUCACGAACCAGAUAAUCAUCAUCAAUUUCAACAGCAGUUAAAGAUUCAACAAAUUAGAGAACAGGAACAUAAUUAUAGGAUGCAUCUUUUGAGAGAAUCUGGUUAUCCGCUGCAACAUCAGUUACCACAAUAUUAUUUGCACCGACCACAAUUGCUAAAUGUAAAUGUGCAUCCUUCGCAAUUACAAAGCACGUCUCAACGCGUUAUUACGGAUGCACAUACGAUGGUUCAAGUGCCAUCUAAACGUAAACCAAAAAAGCAACCGGUAAGUCGAUCUGAGCAGCCUUCAAUGAAUAAACAACAUUCGCCACUUCAACUGCCAAUUGUAAAUCGAGGUUCAUCACAAAUAGCACAAAAAUCCCCUCGACUUUCAAUUACACCUCAAUCACAGAUAAGUGAACAUACAUCGGAAAUUCUUCACAUACCCAAUACAAAUGAACUAUCUGAAUUGACUCGGUUACCUACUAUAAAUGCAGACUCAUCACUAGUAAAUACAUUUCAAUUCAAAGACCAAAUGCCUAAAGUCAUCAAACCUCUUCAAGUACCAAUUGACGAUGGUACACCGCCACUAGACGUACAUCCGCUUCAAGUACCAAUCACAAAUUGUAAGAAAUUGCAAGUGGUACAUCCAACUCGAAUGUCGAUUAAAGAUGGACAAAGAACAUAUAUGAUGCCUGUACGUCAACUACCACUUGUUCACCGUGCACCGAUGACAUAUCAACCUCAGAUGUUCAUUCCAAAUCCUCGCUUUCAGCCCAUAGCAGGUCCAUCUCAUUUGUAUCAGCCGCCUCCAAAUCAAGGAAUGCAGUUUUAUAAUGAUGGUUACAAUUUACCUAGAGAUCUUAACAUGGAACCACAACAAAAAAGAAGUCGAUUUCAUAACGAAGAACAAACUCUUGAAUUAGAAAAGACCUUUUAUGCAACUGACUCCCCCUCUAAAGUAGAUAUAAAUAAAUUAUCAAUAAAUAUAGGGUUAUCAGAACAACAAAUAGAAUCCUGGUUUCAAUAUCGUAGAAUGAAGCAAAAAAAGGACGAUGAAACUAACUUUAAAGAAAAGACAGAACAGGUAAUAAACUGGCUAAGUGAAAUUAGAAAUCAUGAUGACAUUGAAACCUAUUAUGGAAUUGAUGGAGAUGUCAAUGAAGACACUAAAGAAUUACCAGAUAGUUCAUCGUCUAAAGAGCCAAAAAGUAAUACCUAAUUAAUUUUGAAGAAAGAAUUUGGUUGCGGAGUUUACGAUAAAUAUUGUACAGUGUAUUUAAGAGGGUCAAUUAUUUUGGUCAAAUUUCUAUAUUUUUAUUUUUAUAGAGAAAUGUUUAAAAUUUAUUGGUUUGACUAGCCAGGGCCUCAAUAUAUUUACUGUCUUGGAUAGCAUUUCAUUUCCGAAGAGAAGCUAUGAAAGUUUUUUGAACACUCUUGAAAACAAAUAUAUUUAAUAGCAGAAAAACUGAUUCAAUUAAUUAGCUAAGUUCAUUGCCCCAUCUUCCGGCUUCGGAAAUUAAAUACUAUUUCGAUAAAAAUAAUAAUUCCGAUAAAGGAUUUUACAUGUUUUUUUGUGGAUGUAUUUUUUAAAUCGUUUUCUGUAUGUCACUUAGUUCACAGCUGAGAGUGUUACAAAAGAAUUAUUUCUGUUAGCUUUUAAUAUGUUAAUAUACUUAAUCACUAAUUCACAAAGCAUCUUUAAAUAUUUACGGACAUUUAAAUUCUUGAAAAAGAAAUGUGAAUGUAAAUUCAGAGAAAAACUAGAAUUUGACGAAAUGAUUUUUUAUUUACACUUUGAAUCGUUACUAUAAUGAUCAUAAUUCAAAUAAAUGAGGCUUUUUUAGUAAAUAAUUACCAAAUUAAAUAUUCGUAAACAGUUUUAUAAAAAAAUUUUAUGGAGUCGAUAAAAGAACAUGUACCUAAAGAAUAUUAGCUUACCUAUAUAUUUUUAAAUAUUAGAUAUAUUAUUAUACAAGUAAAAUAUCGCCCAAAUCUAUUAGACAUUUAUUACAGUUUACUAUGACAUGUAACUUACAGAUAUGUUUAAAGAUCAUUUGUGAAUUAUACUGUAUAUAUUUUUAAUAAAAUGUGUUUGUGGUUUUAAAGAAAUACAAUAAAAUAUUAUUAUAAUAAUAAUAACCAAUAAAAUUGUUCAGUUUACAUUCAUUUGGUUACAAUGACAGGAACGUUGUGACUAUUUCUUUAUUUCGAUUUAAAAUUUUAAUGUCACAAUAUUUUUCUACAUCCCAAUUUUACUCUUUGAACAAUAAAAUAAUACUUUGCUAUUUAAUAAUUUUUUAUCUUGUAGA